CGUGUUUUUUGUUGGUGUGUAUACACUUGCCAAAUGAUAUAACCUGGAGGGCCGCGUACACAUUGAAUAAACAUAAAAAAUUCAUAUUUAUGAAUAAGUUAUUAAAUAUAGCGCAGGCAGUGCCGCGCCAGUUUGUACGCGACUACGCGUUCAAGUCGGAUCUGAAAAUCAAAUGGGUGCGGCCGGAAAAGAUUGCGAGCAUUAGGCCGGAGAAGAGCGGCGAUCUUGGCAAGCUGCCUCCGUUGAAUGUCAAUGAAAUAUUGCCGGAGUACAAGGAUUCCAAAGAACUUCAAAAUGCUGAUGAAACGGUAAAAUCACUUUUCAAGUUGAACAAUAAUCGGAAUCAUUUAACAACACGUUAUUAUCGCGACCAAAUGGUUCGAGAAGUGCAGCGACAUGCACAGGACUUUGGCUCUAUGGAGGCAAGACUCGCCAAGAUGACGGCAUUCAUUCGCCGGUAUCAGGAGCACAUGGAACAAAGUCCUCGCGACAGGGUCAUUAAAGUACGACUAAAGGAGCUUAUUGAGAAGCGUAAAAAGUUUCUGAAAUACUUGCGGCGCUGGGACUAUCCACGUUUCGAGUGGAUACUCGAGAAACUGGACUUGGUCUACAAACCGCCACCGACGCAUUUCCAUUGGAUAACACGCAAGGAAUCACUGCAGAAGUUGACAGACAUUUACUGCGACAACAUUAAGGAAGAGCGUCUGGAGGCGUAUCACAAAGAGCUCCAGGCUCAACAGAUUCCCUAUCUGGAGGAGGCCAUUAAGAAGAUGGUAUUUGUGCGUCAGGAGCAAAUCGAUUGCGAUGUUCCCGUUACUGUAACGGAACAACAAAUUGAUGAAGCACGCAAGGAGCUGGCAAAGUUGAAGGAAGUGCGUGAUGCCGAAGCAGCUGUGACACGCAAGCAAUCGGAUGAUACCUUCCAUUAAUGCUUCGCCCUUUUUUGCAAUAAAAUCGUUAAAUGAUUCUUAA